AUGUCAGAGGAAGAAAGAUCAGAUCAAGAAGAAUUGCAUCAGGAGAUUGAUGAUUUAUUUGGAGAUGACGAAGACGAAAUAGAACAACAACCACGUAAGUCUAGAAACAUUUCUAGAGAUUCGCAAGACGAAGAAGACAACGAGGGACAAGAGGAAGAAAGAGAAGAGGAAGAUGAAGAUGAUGAAGAAGAACAAGAGGAAGAAAGAGAAGAGGAAGAUGAAGAUGAUGAAGAAGAACAAGAGGAUGAAGAUUAUGGUGAAACCAACAAGAAUAUAGCAGAUAUAUCUUUACCUCGUCAUGCCAUCUCUCAGGUUCCUGAAGACGAUACAUAUAUGUUAAAAAUGCCAGUAUUUUUAAACAUUGAAGCUCAUCCAUUUGAUCCAAAUGAAUUUAAAGAUCAAAUUAACAAGAGCGCAAGAUUAAGGUCACAGCAAUCUGAUUUAACUGACAAACAAAUUCAUAAUGAAUUGGUUGCAGAAAAAUUAUUAAAUGAAAAUACAAUUAGAUGGAGAUAUUCGAAUAGUGGGAAUGAUGAAAUUAUUAAACAAUCGAAUGCCCAUUUCAUUAAAUGGAAUGAUGGAUCUUUAUCAUUGAAAAUUGGACAAGAAUUAUUUGAUGUUAAACAAUUACCAAUUCAAGAUAAUUAUUUAGUUCGAACUUAUGAUUCUUUAGAAAUAUUACAAAAUGAUUCACCUAUAAAUAAAACUAUCAAUUUAUUACCUGCUUCAACUUUAACUUCAACACAUAGACAAUUGACUCAGGCAGUUAAGAAUAUUCAAAGAAAAGAUAAGAUUUUAAGUACGAUUACUGAAGACGAUCCAAUGAAGAAACAAAGAUUGGCUGAUGAGAAUGAACGUAAGACAAUGAAAUUGAAACGACAAUUAGAAUCAAGGAGAAGAUUACAAGAAGAAAGGUUAGAAAGGAGCAAUCUGCCUGGAGUCAGGAAUGAAUCUUCUUAUGAACGAUAUGCAAGAACUUAUGGGGAAGACGAAUAUGAUGAAGAAGAUGAUUUUGUAGCUAAUGAUGACGAGGAAGAAGAAGGUGGAUACAGCGACGCAGAAGAAGAAGAAGAGGAGGAAGAAGAAGAAUUUGAAAAGGGUGCAGAGAGAUUGAAACAAGUCAAAGAAAAGGGUGCUGCCAAAUAUAGAGAAAGAUCAGAAAGUGUUGAAGAAGAUGAAGGCAAGAUUAGAAAGAGAAGAAGAAUUAUUGAUUCUGAUAAUGAAGAUGAAGAUUAA